AUGGCUACUAAAGGUUUAGGGUUGAAUAUCAGAGAAAUUACUGACAGAUACAGGUUAGAUUAAAAAAUUGGUAAAGGUUCAUUUGGCGAGGUUUAUCAAGCUUAAUUGUUAGAUGAUAAGCAAUAAGUCAUUUUAAACAAAAGUGUGGCAUUGAAAUAGUAAAACCUCUAUAAAUUCGUAGAAAAUGCUAACGCUAAAGUUAAGGAUAAAUUCACAUUAGAAAUUCUCAGAUUGAUCAGAGAAAUUGCGACAUUCGAGUUGAGACAUCCAAAUAUUGUUGAAAUAGAAGAUGCCUUUCUAACUUCGGAAAAUAAAUUUGUAAUUACAAGUGAGCUAGCUGAAACUAAUUUAGAAACAUUCGUACAAAGGAAAUUGAACUAUGAGAAGAAGCCUUAUAAUGUUUCAGAAAUUUCUUUUAUCAUGCUCUAAUUACUAGAAGGAUUGGGUUAUAUUCAUGAUAGUGGCUUUAUUCACAGAGAUAUAGCUCCAGAUAACAUUCUAGUCUUUAAAGAUGGAAUUAUUAAAAUUUGUGAUCUUGGUAUCGCUUCCUUUGGAAAGCAUACUACUCUAGAUGCUGGCAAAGAUACUCAUAAAGCUCCAGAGAUCAAAUUAGGCAGACAGUAUGAUAAUAAAGUUGAUAUUUGGUCUCUAGGUAUUGUACUUCACUACCUAAUGACGGGAUCAGAUAAAGAUAAAAAAGGCAACUUUAUAAAUAGUAUACUUUCAGAUCCUGAAGGUCCAGAAUAGAAAAUCGUAUUGCCUGAUUAGUAUUCUCAAUUCCAAUAAAUCUUCAACAGAAUGACAACAUUCAAGGCUAAUUUAAGACCAACUAUCGAGGAAUUGAAAGGAGAAUUUCUUAAACUAGUUCAAGAUAAGCAAUAAUACUACAGGUACUAGAAUUAUGUGAUGAACUAUUACUAUACUCAAACCAAGCAAAUAGUUGAAACUCAAAUGCAGCUAUUCAAAAAGAACGCUGAUUACCACUUAAAAAAUAAUCAAAUCAAAAACAGUGAGGCAACUCAAAAUAACCUUACAGAUCUGGUCAAGGAUUUGAAAUCAUAUGACGAAAUGAUAAAGUCCUACAUAAAUAAUAAGACUGAAGUGAAAUUGCAGAAAAAAGUUGCAACUUUACAAGUCUAAUAUGAAGAGAAAAAGCGUAAUGAUCAGGUAAAGAAUGAACCAGAAGUUAAAUCUUUAACAGCGCAAUAAAUAUCCCAAUGCGAAUUAGAAUACAGAAGAUUGGUAGACAAACAUGUUAAAUAAUAAGGAAAUGCGAAUGAGUUAGUCUUUAAACUUAAUGGUUAAUGCAAAUUGCUUUACAAAGCAACAAGAGAUGGUUUCAAAGCGGCUGAUUUCCAUUCAAAAUGUGAUAACCAGAGUCCUACGGUAAGCUUUAUCUUGAGCGAGUUCGGCCUGAUCUUUGGUGGUUACACAUCUAUCCCGUGGACGGCUCCAGAGAACCUUUAUUAAAACAAUUCUGAUGGAGAAGCUUUUAUCUUCUCACUUUCUAAGAAUACCGUGCACAAUCAACAUCAAAACACUGGUUAUGCGGUAUCUCACUUCAAGAAUCAGAUGAUGUAAUUCGGAAUGUCUGAAAUACAAAUUAAGGAUGACUGCAAUGAAAAGAGAACAAACAGUUCUAAAAUUGGAAGUACAUAUUAGACUAGUAAUGGCAUAGAGUUUGGAUCUCAAAAGUCUGAGGAUUAUCUAGCAGGGGCGAAGAAAUUUAAAGUCUUGGAAGUUGAAGUUUACUCAGUAGCUGUUUGA